AUGGUAAGAAGGAAGUAUUUGGCCAAUGGGCCUUGUCAACCUCGUACUGCUGAUUUUAAAGUUACAGAGAUAUGUGGUAGAGAUAGAAGACCACGCAAGAAGAAAGAAGCUGGGUAUGAUGCAUUUGUUGCAAAUGGUUGGUCAAGUUGGAAUAAAAAAUAUAGAUUAAGGGAGCAUGUAGGAGACAUCAAUAGUGCUCACAACCAAGCAAAAAGAGAUUGUGAUGCUUUGCUGAAACAGAAGCAACACAUUUAUGUUGCUCUAAAUAACCAAAGUAACGCUGAGAGAAUUGCUUAUUAUACUCGACUAAAUACCUCAAUUGAUGUCUCUAGAGUGUUACUGAAGCAAGGGUUACCUUUUCGUGGCCAUGAUGAGUCCGAAGAGUCUCUCAAUAAGGGUAAUUUCUUGGAAUUUCAUGCUUACACAGCAGAGCAAAAUCCAGAUGUAAGAAAACAAAUGGCGGUGGUAUUGUGGUAUGUUGGUAAAUGUGGAGGUGCCAUCGAGACAUUAGUUGGCCUUACUCAUGUGAAGGAGACAACCUCAAAGUAUCUCAAGUCUGCCAUCGAUGAUUUAUUUGCAGAAUAUAAGUUAAGUUUCAAGCAAGUUAGAGGUCAAGGGUACGACGGUGCGAGUAAUAUACGAGGCAAUCAGGAUCUAUGA